AUGAUGCAAGGACAGUCCAAUAAUAGUAACAUUUUCAUUGAUCAAGCCAUUGAACUUAUGAGAAAGAAUAUCUUUACAGCGAAGCAUGUGGAAGACGAAUCAGGUACAAUUGUCUUAGCGGCAUUCGAGACGACGGCCAAUACAAUUGGAUAUGUUCUUAUUUUGCUGGCAAUGUUCCCAGAAUAUCAACAAAAAGUCUACGAGGAACUGUUGACGAUAUUUCCAGAUGGAGGAGAUUUUGAUGUGACCUAUGCAAAUACCCAAGACAUGACCUAUAUGGAUAUGGUUAUCAAUGAAUCAAUGCGUGUACUGACACCAAUACCUUUCGUAGCACGUGAGAAUUCACAGGAUAUUAAGCUAUCCAAUGGAAUGGUUAUACCAUCUGGGGUACAAUUUUUUCUUAACAUUUUCACAAUGCACAGACGUAAGGAUUUGUGGGGUCCCAAUGCUGACAUGUUUGAUCCCGACCAUUUUCUGCCAUCUAACCUGGAAGGCAAACAUCCAUAUGCAUUUAUUCCCUUUACAAAGGAAUUCGGAACUGUAUAG